CGCAAGAUUCCCCAACUUCUCCCACUACUCGCCAAUGUGAUAGAGGGUGAGUGAAAGAAGGGCGGUGGCUGAGAAGGAGAGAAUGGGGAUGGGGAUCGGAAUGGGCCUCAAUCUUCUCCUCCUUGUGGCCAUGGUGGCCACCAACAUCCUCUCCCUCUACCACCUCUCCUCUAUCCGCAACAACUCCCCUCGUCCGCCCCAAACCCUAGAUCCCGCCGCCGCCGACGUCCCCGACCACCUCCUUCAGCAGCUCCACACCAUCCGCGCCACCAUCGCCCAUCUCACCCGCCUCCGCUCCACCUCCUCCGCCUCAUCUACCUCCCCCCCCGCCACCGCCACCCCGCCAGAGCUCCUCCUCUAUUCCCACAUCGGUCCCAUCGCCUCCGCCUGCUCCGACCAUCCCGACCUCCUCCACCGCUACAUGAACUACACCCCCUUCGCCCCCUGCUUCUCCCCUACCCCACCGAAGCCCCUCAGCCCUUUGUCACUCCCCUCCGAUCCCUUUCCCCCUUCCCUCCCCGACGCCGCUGUCCUCUGGCCCCCCGCCGCCCCCUGCCGCUCCUUCUCCUGCCUCCCCGCCUCCCUUGGUUUCGACCCCAAGACCGAAGCCUCCCGCUUCCUCUCCGCCAAGUCCGUCCUCGACCUCCCCCUAACCCAGCUUCUCUCCCUGGCCCGCACCGCUGGCGCCGCGCCGAUCCGCCUCGCCCUCGAUGUCGGCGGCGGCACCGGUACCCUCGCUGCCCGCCUCCGCCUCCUUACCAACGCCACGGUGCUGACCACCACCAUGAACCUGGGCGCCCCCUACAGCGAAGCGGCGGCGCUCCGUGGGGUCGUCCCCCUCCACGCGCCGCUCCAGCAGCGGUUCCCGGUCCAGGACGGCGUGCUCGACCUGGUACGGACCGGGCACGCCGUGAACCGCUGGAUCCCGGCGCCAGCGCUGGAGUUCCUGCUGUACGACGCGGACCGCGUGCUGCGGACCGGGGGGUUCCUCUGGGUGGACCACUUCUUCUGCAAGGGGCCGGAUCUGGACGCCGUAUACGCGCCACUGAUCGGACGGCUAGGGUACAAGAUCAUCAAGUGGGCGGUGGGGAAUAAGACUGACGCCGGUGGCCUCCGCUACGGCGAGGUCUACCUCACCGCCCUCCUCCAGAAACCACUACCCACCAAGGCGUGAUCACACGCCGGAUCUUGUAAAUUCCGGUAGACCACUAGAUCUGAAGCCGAGGAAGAGCGAGGUGAUUGGCAUGAGCCAUUUAGACACCGGAUGGUGCUGGGACAGAGACGGACUGCUACCAUGAAAGGACAACAGAGAUGGGGAAGCCGCGAGGAGACCCAUUUUUUGCGAUCUAAUUUGAAGGGAGACUUCAAAACCAGAUCUUCCAGGGCACUUGUCCGAGAACAUGAGAGAAUAUCUGACACAGCAUUGGAUCCUAUGUUGCGGCAUAUCUUUGAAGCGUGACAAGACCGUACGUAUCAGCCCCGUACCUGUCACGCCCGAAUCAUACCAAGGAGAACAAAAGACGCGCCACUUUGCCAAGUGUCACAUCUGGAGUCACGUGCCCUGCAGUCCUGACCGGAUCACAUCAGAUCAGAUCACAUCCCAGCACAAACUUUCGAGUACAAUAAAGCGUGGCUCGAUCCCCUCGGCACUGUUCCGACGCGUGUCGAUACCUUUAAGGAAAAGCAAUACCUUGUCCGCAGAGCCAUGACGUCAGCUCUUUGUGACUGCACACAUGCCGGUGUUCCCUGUUCGAGGACGUCCACCGGAUCCCAGUUUUUCGGCCCCCCGUCUCUGUCGUCGGUCGCCGGCUCGACUUCCCUAGCGAGCCACGUGUGACCGUCCAGCCAGUGACGCUGCUUCGAACGUCGACUGUAGUACCUCUUCCUGCGUGUGGAAGACCCACACGGGAGAUCUCGAAUACAGGAAACCAGCCGCGGGAUCCAACCUACUCUCGGUCUCUGGUCUAUUUAUAGUUAGCCAUUCGAAAGAACUCAGGAAGGGGAAACGGCGGUUGCCCGAGUUACCGCUCACCGGCCCCCUCACCGCCCCUUUAUCCAGCGGUGAGCUGAAUUCCUUUUCCUACCAUCCCCCUUGUUAUCCGGGGCAAGGAGUCGAGUCGAGUCACCUCCCUUUUCCUCGCCCGCAGCUUCUCUCUCUACCUGGUACUGAAGUCCUGAUUUAGCGAAACAACCUCGGUGGAAGAAGAGUUCCAAGGAGAGGCGGCGGCGGCAGCGGAGAUGGUGGGGAUCUUCUCUCGAUUCUCCGGCGGACGGAGCCGCCACCGGCGGGCAAACAGCGCGAUCGAGGUUGGGGGAACAGUGGCACCCAAUGCAGAGGUACCAGGUUCAACACCUCCCACUGCUGCCCAUGGAGUGGAAGUAGGGGUUGAGCUUAAGCCAGUUGAACACCCAGUUGAGCCUCUCAACAAUGACCAACCUGUUAAAUGCCCACUACCAGAACCUUCAAUACUUAAUACCUACCAUCUUUGCCAAGAAUGGAUAUAACUGCUCUUAUGGAUGACCAAUAUCAGGAUGGAAGAAUAUGGAAGGAGCGAAUGUCGUCUGCGAGUGCAAGAAUGAGAACCAACUUACCGGUUGUAAAGGAAGGAUCGCAUCUUGAAUCCGAAGCUGGUGGAACGAAGCCCCACUCUAACCCCCCACCUAAACGGACCAUAUUGCCAUCCAUAAGUGCCCCUGAACAUAAGAUCGUCACUCUGCUGGAAGAAUGCAAUGCAGCUGAAAAUCUGACUGCUCGCGAAUAAGCUUACAAGCGUUAAAACUUGUAUUUCUUCAUGCACACUUUUAUCUUUUCCCUCUUAUUCUUGACAUUGUUUUAUAUUUCUCCUUCCCUCCUGUGUUCACUUGACUAUAAGCUAUAUUAUAGUAGAAGAUGAAUACAUGAGAAAUGUAUAAUACAGUUGCCUUGUUGAAGUUUUUUAACUACAAGAGAUAUAUGGAUUGCAGAAAUUUCCAAGA